AUGUUUGUGUUUUUUUUUUUUUUUCAUUUGUCUAUCUUUUCCCUCUCUCCCCCCCACUCUGUUUUUCUUUCUCUGGCUAACUAUAAAAAGAAAAGUGUCAAUAUCGAGGCUCCAAUUUUUCCCUUCACACAAACAUCUUGUCCCCAUUUUCCUUCUCCCUGUCCCCAUUUACCUUUCCCUCUCUCCCCCACUAUCUUGCCUCUCUCUCUCUCUCCCCCCACUAUCUUGCCUCUCUCUCUCUCUCCUCCCACUAUCUUGCCUCUCUCUCUCUCCUCCCACUAUCCUCUCUCUCUCUCCUCCCACUAUCUUGCCUCUCUCUCUCUCUCUCUUGCCUAUCCUCUCUCUCUCUCCUCCCCCACUAUCUUGCCUCUCUCUCCUCCCACUAUCUUGCCUCUCUCUCCCACUAUCUUGCCCUCUCUCUCUCUCCCCCUGUCUUGCCUCUCUCUCUCUCUCCCCCGCUGUCUUGCCUCUCUCUCUCUCCCCCCCGCUGUCUUGCCUCUCUCUCUCUCUCCCCCGCUGUCUUGCCUCUCUCUCUCUCUCUCCCCCCAUGUCUUGCCUCUCUCUCUCUCUCCCCCCGCUGUCUUGCCUCUCUCUCUCUCUCCUCCCGCUGUCUUGCCUCUCUCUCUCUCUCUCUCCCCCCGCUGUCUUGCCUCUCUCUCUCUCUCUCCCCCUGUCUUGCCUCUCUCUCUCUCUCUCUCUCCCCUGUCUUGUCUUCUCUCUCUCUCUCCCCCUGUCUUGCCUCUCUCUCUCUCUCUCCCCCCGCUGUCUUCUCUCUCUCUCUCUCCAUCUCCUCUUCCCUCUCCCCUCUCCCCUCUCCCCUCUCUCUCUUCCAUGUAA